GGUACACUAGCCACUCCGCUUCCCGUUGUUAGAUGGUUUCUUGCAAUCUAGGUUUCCUACCUUAGCAAUAUUAACCCGAGAGAGAGAGAGAGAGUUGAGCUCCAGACGCCGCAGAAAAGGUAUCCUUGAUCUUUCUGGAAUGGCGACCGAAUCGAAGGUAGCAGCUGAAGACGCCAAGAUUGAUCUCUUCGAAGAUGAUGAUGAGUUCGAAGAGUUCGAAAUCGACGAAGAGUGGGAUGAUAAGGAAGAAGGGAAAGAAGCUAUGCAACAGUGGGAGGAUGAUUGGGAUGAUGACGACGUCAACGAUGACUUCUCCCUGCAGCUAAGGAGGGAGCUGGAGAGCAACACUGAGAAGAGCAGCUGAUCAUCCCCAUCCUUUCUUUUAACUAUGCGUUGGUAGAGCAUAUAUGGAUAUUUGAUAAAUGACAAAGAAAAAAACCUCUUACUAUCGUAAUAUCCCAUUCUUAGUUCUCGACUGCCAAAUGCUGAAACCAAGUUUGAAUUACAUAACACCUUAUCAGUCUUGCUGUGUGAUGAAAAGGGUUUACUUUGCA